AUGUCUGAGGACGAUUAUGCGAAUGUUGUUGAUGAGGGACUUUCGGUUCAAUCAUGGACUCCUUCGUUCUCUACAUCUGAGAUGUUCCCUUCGACGUUGGUGGUUUGGGUUCGCUUUUCGGGUUGCAUGUAUAAGAAGAGUGUUCUGAAGGCCAUUGGUGAAUCUAUUGGAUGGAUUGUCAAGAUUGAUGAUAAUACUGAAAACCGGACGAUAGGUCAAUUUGCUAGGUUGGCAGUGUGUUUCAAUUUGACUAAGCCUUUGGUAUUGAAGAUCAGUGUGGAAAACCAUACGCAAAGGGUGGAGUACGAAUCUCUCCCGUACAAUUGCUACAACUGUGGACACUAUGGACAUACAAGGGAGAGAUGUAUGGCCACGACAACGGAUAAAACGACGGCUAAUGGACAAGAGGUGCCGAAUGAACCGGAACCAACAAUACAACAUGUAGAGAAAGAGAAUUUUGGUUCAUGGAUGGUGGUGGAGAAACGUGGAAGACGACCGACAAGGAGGGGGCAAAGUUGGACAAACAACAAUAAUGGAGAGAAUCGAGGGGAGACCAGCCCUGGGCUAAAUUCGGAACAUAAGGAUGUUGCAGCUAAUAAUAAUGGAUCGAGAAGGGAUAAGGGGAAGAGUGUUGUUGGGAGUAUUAAUGGCUGGACUAGAAAUGGGGCCACAAAGAAUGUGGGCCAUUCAUCCUUGUAUGAACCAAUAAUAAAAAUGGAGUGGACUUAG